AUUACGCCUGUACAUGAAAGUGGUUCUUACGUCGCGUUACAAAACCGCCUUCCUGCUUCCCGUAGCUUGAGCCGGCGACGUUGGCAAACAUGGCGUCCUCAGAUGUCCACGUCCGAAUAUGUGAGCAAGAAAUACUCAAAUAUGACUUGGAAAUUAAAGCUCUCAUCCAGGAUAUUAAUGAGUGCGCAGGUCCUCAGAGCAAGCUGACAGAACUGAACGCAGAUGUGAAGAAGAAUUUCCAUAAUCUCAGAUUAAGAAUCCAGGAUUUAGAGCAAAUGGCGAUGGAGCAAGACAAAGAGUCAGACAGGCAAACCUUGAUCAGUCAGGUGGAGAGACACAGGAAACAGAUGCUGAGUAAUCAGACAGCUUGGAGGAAAGCUAACCUUGCCAGCAAACUGUCUAUAGACAACAUGGAGAAGCAGGCACUUCUUAAUGAAGCAGACAGCACAGUGAGACAGAGGAAGAUGACCAAAGAGGGUCUGGCACAGACGAGCAGCGACAUCACAGAAAACCUGAUGAGCAUCAGCCGGAUGAUGGCGCAGCAGGUUCAGCAGAGCGAGGAGACCAUGACAUCACUGGCAACCUCCUCGAGGACAAUCCAGGAGACCAACGAAGAGUUUAAGGCCAUGACGGGGACCAUCCAGCUCGGGAGAAAGCUCAUCACCAAGUACAACCGCAGGGAGCUCACAGAUAAACUGCUCAUCUUCCUGGCAGUGGCUCUCUUCCUCGCCACAGUCCUCUACAUCCUCAAGAAGAGACUGUUCCCCUUCCUGUAGACCAAGGUACCACAGAGGAACUCUCCCAUAACCACAAAUGCCGUACUUUCCUCAAACAAAUCUCUUAAUCCUUUGUGCCAAAUCGCACUCGCAUGAUCAACGAGCAAUGUUGUCUUCUGAACUGUGAUGUCACUGAGGCUAAAGUAUUAACCACAACACCAACCUCUGCACCUACUGUAUAUCUCUACGCUGUGCUUUUUCAUUUACUAAAAAAGAUUUUUAGGUUGAUUUUGAAAGGAGUCAUUCCAGAGGUUCGUGUUCAGGGAGUGAGACAGUGAUGCUGUGAAAGUCAGACAUGGAAGGAGGGACGACCCAUACAAAUAGUUUCUCUGACACACUCCUGUGAAGCCAUUUCCCGCUGAAGCAAAGGUGGAAGCACAGUACUGUACCUGUGUGUUUUUAGCUGUAGAACUCAAAGUGUAGGAUGUCACACAUUGAAAUCACAAGUCUAAAGAAUCAGAAUCUUGAGGGGAAACUACCUGAAUAUGAUUUAUAAUUUGAUGUGAUUAUCUAUUAGCACUGUUCAUAUCAGUUUUUAUUAACAUACUUUCCUCAGUAACAUUUAAACAAACUAGUGACCAAUGGCUGUUUUGUUUUUUUUGACAAUUAUUCUAAAAAACAAGCCUGUGUUGUAAUUGUUAUUUAUAAUGCUAUACUGUAUAAUUACUGAAAGGUAUAAUUUAUUAUUAGAUCAUAUUGAGCUGGUACUAUUUUUAAAUGCUUUUUAACUUUAUCAUGAUUUAAGCACGUCUGCACUCGCUCACAGUUGUUGACUCAUUAGCAAACAGCGGGGGAAAAAAGAAACUUUAUUCCUGGUAAGAGUGGACACAGUGUCCUCUGUCUCUGGCCUUCAGCAGAAAAGCUCAGAAAAGCAGUGGCAGUCAUCACACUGGCAAAGAUAUAGAGCAGCAUUCACUCCUGCCUUUCUUCAGAUAAGACCCGGAAAAGCAGAUUAUUCCAACCCGUUUCCCUCUCCCUGUCCACCGUGGGUGGAGGUUGAGGUGGGAGUAUUUUUAGGUUUGCAUGGCGCUGUUAUCUGACAUUGCCUUUUCAGCGCCUCGGAGGAGAGGGUGGCCAGAGGAGCUACAUGACCUUGCCACCCUUCUGUGCAAUCGCCUGGCAUUGCUACGUUGUUAUUGGUAUGUAAAAGCUGUCAGUACUGAUUUACCAAUAAACACAGAGUCAAAGUCUCCUUUCAUAUGUUG